AUGGAAAAGGAGCUCAAAGUAAAUGUCAUAAUUGAGAAGAAAGAACAAGACUCCUUCAUCACAUUGAAGGGCCUGACAGCAUUCGUUUACACUGCAGAAAGUCGUAUUCAGGACAUUAUCCACAAAGUGGAAAGGAUUGAAAACCGAAAAAGGGUGGCAAUAUUGACCAGCAGUACAGUUGAAUGGCAAUAUCAAAGUGGUCGCAAAUUUAAACCAUUUGAUCCUUUCACCAACUGCGACUUGGAAGAAGCCUUCAUCUCCCAAACGACUUCUGUGCAAAUCAAGAUUAACAGUGAAGUGUAUAAUGCAAACAUAGUUUACAAAGUGGCCACAAGAGGAGGAAAACGAAUUGAACUAAAGAGAGUACAACUGAAAGGUGAUUUUUCAGCUUCUUUGCCUUCAAACUGGGAGGACAUGAAAGGACAGUCAGUUGUUCUUAUAGAACUCAAAGCAGGCUCACAGGAAUUUACAGAUGUGGAAAAAGAGUUCAGAAAAACUGGACUAUCCAGCAACAUCAUUAAAAUUGAACGAGUCCAGAACUGCGCACUUUGGAGAAACUACAUGAUCAAAAAGGAGGAACUGGAAGACAAAAACAAGCACAAAAACAAUGAAAAGUGUCUCUUCCAUGGAACUGGCCCUCAUACGACCGAUCAGAUAAACAAUCAGGGGUUCAAUCGCAGCUUUGCUGGCAUGAAUGGAGCCAUGUAUGGGAAUGGUACAUAUUUUGCUGUGGACCCGUGUUACUCAGCAAAAGGCUACUGUAAAGCUGAUGCUAACGGACACAAACGCAUGUACCUCGCCAAAGUGCUUGUUGGUGAAUUCACUAAAGGAAAAAAAGGCCUUCGUACUCCUCCAAAAAGGAGUUCAAAAGGUGUUCAUCUUUAUGACAGUGUGACAGAUAAAACUAAAAACCCAUCCAUGUUUGUGGUCUUCAAUGAUGUGCAAGCUUACCCAGAAUACUUAAUCACAUUCCAGAAAAAAUGAAAUUUUACAGUUUAGUUCAAUCAGAAUUGAGAUGAAUUAAUGUGCAUUAUUGCCAUGCAGUUACAAUCUAUUUUUAUUCAACUUUCAGUGAUGGGCAGAAGGGCAACACUAUUUUUGAAAUCAUUCACAGCUUUUGACUAGUGAAAAUGUAUGUAAUUGAUUAAGUACCCAGACAACAUUGUGAAACACUACAACGUUAUACAAUGCUACUUCUCGAAAAAUAUUUUAAAUGUAUGAAAAUGAAUGUAAAAACUUCUG